UUCAAACGCCAGCUCCUGUAAAGAAUGUCAAUGUUUCACCAUCGGAUUACUCUGCACGUGUGACCUGGGAAUUACCUACAGCACCUCAGGACUCCAGCUAUGUAACACAUUAUUUAAUUUAUCUCAACAACAAAUUUGUGAAGGAGAUAUCUCGAGCAAUGUAUGGAACUGAAUUCAAUAUUCUUCCACUUAAACCCAACACUGAGAAUACUUUUGGAAUACUGACCAAAGCGGAUGGUUCUGUCCAGAGAGGCACUUACGUCAAUGAAACCUUCACAACUAAACAAGCAGGUAAAGGUAUAGACACGGGUUUCGUACAAAAUUUGAAAGUCCUUGAAUGUUCUGGAAUUUGUAAAUAAGUGCUUGAAAGUCCUGGAAUUCGCCUUUCUUUAGUUUACGGAUAUUUUAGUUCUGAAAUUAUUUGGCAUUCAAAAACGGACAUUUUGUUGAAUUGAUUUUGCGUGAUCAUAUUUGACAAAGCUGUUUGGAAUUCACUAAAGUUGCGUUUUGAACAAUUCAACGUGACAUUGUACUGAUUUCUAACGCUUUCUUUUCGGUGUUAAGUGCUUGAAUUUGUUGAUACACAUGGUCUCGAAUGCCCUCGUUCUCAAAAAGUCCUUGAAUUUGACUCUCUCUGAUAUGUUUUCAAAAAAAGUUUAAAAAAGUUAACAAAAGUAAAAGAAAAGUUUAAAAAAAAUUAGAUUUUCAAAAAAAGUUUAAAAGUUAGUGUUAGGGGUUAGGUGCCGCGAAUUUAUCAUAAUGAUAAUUAAAUUCGGACGUGUUUAACAAUUUACUCAUAUAGUAAAUUCAAAGGUGGAGCAUUUCACGUAUUUUACUUUAUUUCAUACUUUUAAGAGCGUUUUACUUACGGCCCGAUAUCUUAUUCAAGUCUAACCGUAACCAUAUCGAAACCACCGGCGUAUAUCAAGUAAGUUCACCUGAUAAUUAUAAUAAUAUAGUGCCCCUUUAAGCUCGCUAUUCGCGAUCACUAAAACCUAGCCUGCGUGCAGCCUCAACCCGAAUUCAUUAAAUAUCAAGUUAAUAAAUUCAGGUUCAGUUAAUAAACGUUAAUAAACGUUAAUAAACGCAGGCUAACUAAAUCCUAAAGGUUCAUUUUCUGAGAGGGAGAAAAACCGGGGGAUCUGAGGGAAAAGUAGAUAAUGAACCAAACUAUACGUACUUAAUAACUUUUUAAGCACAGGGAAGUUACUCUGCAACCCUCACCUCAGUAAACCCUAUAUUAGGCCACUACAAGUUAAUCUUUAGUUUCUGGUCCGCCGCCCGCGUCCUUUCUCCGUAAAGUAUUAUUUCAGGACUAUUUUGUUGUUUACAAUUAAUUUCUGGUUCUUGAAAAUUUUCGCGAAGGAUUUAACUUAUAGAACGAUAAAUAUUCAAUUUACACUAAAAAGACCGAGCAAAAUGUAGUAUUGAAUUGUAAAAACCACUGCCUUAUCGAUAUUACGAGGUAAAUAAAACUAGAAAUAUUGGUAGAUCAUUUUGAUAUGUAAAAUCGUUUGUAAUCUGUCAUACAUGUCGAUUUAUAAAUGAUAUAAAUGUAAUUUAUGUAAAAUUUCAUAACAUUUUGAUACAAUUAGCGUGAAAAGGGACAAGAAAGACCACAAAAAUGAGGGCAAAGCCACAAUUGUAAUUAUGUCCUAUAGUCCUAACCACCCGCCCGCAUCGUAAACGAAGGUAAGGCCGGACCAGAAACUAAAUAUUAACUUGUAGUGGCCUUAAAUCAACCUGCAAUAGCAGGCUUAUAGCAUAGCGGUAAGGGGCUGCGCCUUAACCACACCUGCAUGUUGUCACCAGUGGUGCCUAAAUUACUUAUACUCAAGUAAAAGCAGAAGUAAUUAACAAUAAAACGACUUGAGUAAGAGUAAAAAGUACUGGAGGCAAAAAGUACUUAAGUAAAAAGUACAAAGUAUCCUCAAAAAAUACUUGAAGUACAAAGUAAAAGUAAAAGCACUAUUGUCUGUAGAGUUUAGGGGAGGGGGACUUCUCCAUUCAUGGAUUGAGAUACAAAAAAAAAAAACACAAAACAGCACACGCAUUAUAAAUAUACAAUAUUUCACGCGGCAUGGUCUGCUUUCCAGACCCGGCUGAAGAUAUACGAAUUCCGUUAAAUGAAUAAUGCUUAUAAGUAAGAUCCCAAACGCAUGUAGAGGUCCUAUUACUGAUCCCAAAAGUAAAAUAAAUUGGGAAUAAAUUACGUAAAAUUAGACAAAAGUUAGAAAGUAACAAAAUUCUUCGCCACAAAAUGAAAAAAAAAACGAAGUAAAACGUUACUUCUUAAAACGACUUCGUUCCAAGUAAAAGUACUGCAGAAAAAGUUUACUUUGUUACAUGCUCACUUCCCAAAAAUAGUACUCAAGUACAGUAACGAAGUACAUUUACUUCGUUACUUGACACCACUGCUUGUCACCCAUGGUUCCCUGGUGAUAAUUUCGAAUCCAAUCACAUGCACUAUUCUAAUUUCUUUGAUAUGAUCUUGUCAUCAUGUAUUUGUUCGUCAUUAAGAGAAGUGAUGGUCAUCGUACAAAUUGCAUCUGACAAUCCAAGACCAGUCGAAAGCCUCAAUGCAAGCGAUCUUAAACCUUACCAGGCCAACACACAAGAUCCAUACAUCACUGCUUAUUUGAAAACUGAUGCCCUGCCUUUGGCGUUCGUGAUCGGUGAUGGAAAGGAGUAUAAUUCGGAAAAACAAAAAUACUUCAACCAACCUCUGAAACAGAAUUCAAGUUAUAUCGCGUUUCUCAGGUUUUUUGAAACUCAGGUAAAUUCUGUAAAUACAGAACGUUUUUGUUAAUAUUUUUGACAAAAGUUUUUGUUCCAAUAGAAAACUUGAUUAAUUAAUAUUUUGUUUUCUAAAGAACUCGUACUACUCGACAAAAUGGAGCACCACUACCAGGACGUUCGUAAAACCUCCAGGUAUAAUGAUUUUCAUAGGACCCAGCUUCGAAUACAUUUAAAUGAGAAGACUAAACUAAGACUUAUGAUUGCAUGUAAACCCAUUUGUAUGAAACAAAAGUAAAGUCAACAUGGAACUACGAUGUCUGAGUGCAUUAUAUUACGGUCCAGUCCAGUCCACAAAACAUUAAAGUACCAUACAAACAAAACUGUACAAUGUCUGACAGUGCAGGGCAAUACACUACAUGAGUGAUGGAAAUAAAUAAUAAUAUAAAUAAAUAAUUAUUUCUGCUGGAAAUAGCUGUAUCUUGCUAUCUUUGUUAUUGUUUCUAAUUUUAAACCAAUCAGAAUGUCUAAAUAGUCAAUGAAAUUUGCACUGUGUUUCAUUUUUUGGCACUAUAUUUCAAAAAAAUUGCAGUGCUCUUAGCCAAUCAGAAUUGAGAAUUUUUUCAUUUUUCAUGUAUAUUAUUAGAGAAGGAAUUGUACAAUAUUCUAUACAAACAAUGCAGUGAAGUAUGUUAUGUUGCAGUACGGUACAGUACAGUACAGUACAAAACAACACAGUACAGUACAAAACAACACAGUACAGUACAGUACAGUACAGUACAGUACAGAACACUAAAAUUAUUAUGGAUAAUUAACUGCCGAUCAUAAUUAUUAUUUAUCACCCUAAUUGCUGUGACAUUAGCUUAUUUAAAUACCUAGUUAUGUUGUUUCUGCUGCAAUACAAACAUGCAGCGUGCUCUGAUAUAUACAUAUACUAGUGUACUUUUCAACGUUUAGACAAAGCAUGUUCAAAUGACACCAGCUGUGGAACAGAAUGGUAUAUUGUUGUCGUAACAUUGGUGUCUGGAAUUAUCAUUGGAAUUUUCCUUUCCUACAUUGUGUCGUGUUCUCGUCGUAAAUUUAGAAGAAGGACACAACCUCAAUCAAAUCAUGAACCAAAGACAACUGAAGCUGAUACAACUUAUCAAGAGCUUGAUCUUACAAAACUGAACACAGAAGAUAAUUAUCAGUCGUUGAGGGUGAAUGCUGAGGAGGAGUCAACAUAUACUGAGUUAAACCAAACCAGAGAUGUAGAGCCUGACAACUACCAAUCUCUGACUUAA